AUGGCGAUGGCGACAGUGCGGCGCCGUGCGGUGUAUGCCCUGGCAGUGCUUGCGCUGCUGUGCGGCUGCUGCUCCUCCGUGUGCGGGGCGACGACGUCGUCCAAAGUGAAGGCGAAUGUGUUAUGUCCGAGCAAGGGAGGAAAAGUACGUUGGCGUGUUUCUGGCGAGAGCAAUUGGAAGGAGUGCCAUAACAAUCUGAAACACUUUGUGAGCGCUGGAAACAAUGAAAUAAAGGAGUCCAUCUGCAUGUUUGCCGAAUCAUGGUGCCCCUCCAUCAUGUCGGGGAAGAAAUCUCCUUCACACCCAGAAGGGAAGAGCAGUAAUGAUGUUGUGUUCACGAUGGACUGUACAACAGAUGGCAACAGUGAACUGCACAAACUGUUGAAAGGCGGAGCCGCCACUACUCGAAAUGAUGGCGAUUUACUUGACAUUUCAGGCAACUGUAAGUUAUCACACCUUCAACUCGCAGAUGGAGUGACACCUGGACCCCAAACUCCAGUGGCCCAACAACCACAAAUACAAACAGCAGCAGCAACAGCGCCAUCUUCGGAGGGAACUCAGCAGGGCGAAAUUUCGGCAGGCAGCAGUGCAGGUACUGGAGUCCCUGAUUCUAAUGCUGCUGAGCAGUCAGGCAGUGCUGGAUCCACAGAGCAUCAGGAAACAUUAACAUCACCGACUGGCGCUGUGGAUUCAUCAAAAGCCACAGGAGACAGCGGGGCGCAAGCACCCUCAGCCUCUGCACAGCCAUCCGGCACCUCCACUUCCAACACUCCCGCUGGCAGCGAUGGUGGAAGCGCCACUACAACCACGACCACCAGCAGCCCCAGUGGUGGGAAACACAUAAAAAGCAACGCGGACGGCAGCGGCACGCCCACUGUGUGGGUGCGUGGCACACUGCUGCUGCUGCUGACGGCUGCUGUUGCCUGUGCUGCUGGGGAGUGA